AUGCCGUAUGAAAAAGGAAAGAAUGGAUCUAAACUAUCCACCAACUCCAACUCUGCGUCUCCUUACCUGAAUACAAUCCCCUCUGAGAAUGGAUCUGUACUAUCCACCAACUCCAAAUCAACGUCUCCUUACCUGAAUACAAUUUCUCCUGAGAAUGGAUCUAAAUUAUCCAUCAAAUCCGAAUCUACGUCUCUUUACCCGAAAAGACUCCCUUCUGUGAAUGAAUCUAAACUAUCCACCAACUCCAACUCUACGUCUCCUAACCUGAAUACAAUUCCCUUUGAGAAUGGAUCUAAACUAUCCACCAACUCCAACUCUACGACUCUUUACCUGAAUACAAUCCCCUCUGAGAAUGGAUCUAAACUAUCCACCAUCUCCAACUCUACGACUCUUUACCUGAAUACAAUUCCCUUUGAGAAUGGAUCUAAACUAUCCUCCAACUCCAACUCUACGACUCUUUACCUGAAUACAAUCCCCUCUGAGAAUGGAUCUAAACUAUCCAUCAACUCCAACUCUACGUCUCCUAACCUGAAUACAAUUCCCUUUGAGAAUGGAUCUAAACUAUCCACCAACUCCAACUCUACGUCUCUUUACCUGAAUACAAUUCCCUCUGAGAAUGGAUCUAAACUAUCCACCAACUCCAUCUCUACGUCUCCGUACCUGAUUACAAUCCCCUCUGAGAAUGGAUCUAAACUAACCACCAACUCCAACUCUAUGUCUCCCUACCUGAAUACAAUCCCCUCUGAGAAUGAAUCUAAACUAUCCACCAACUCCAACUCUAUGUCUCCUUACCUGAAUACAAUCCCUUCUGAGAAUGAAUCUAAACUAUCCACCAACUCCAACUCUAUGUCUCCUUACCUGAAUAGAAUCCCCUCUGAGAAUGGAUCUAAACUAUCCACCAACUCCAACUCUAUGUCUCCUUAA